AAUGAAGAGGAGGGGAUGCGCUGCCUGCUGCGCCUUUAAGAAGAGCGGUGGCAUCGCCGCCCCUCCCCUGCCUGGGAACUGUGUGUGCCUGGGAAAGUUGCCUGCAGCCGGCCCUGGAGCAUCUUUGCUCGGUGGCAGGUGGCCCUGCCCCGGGUCCCCAUCCCUGCAGUGGCCCCGGGGACCCCACUGCCGCUCCCCUCCCUCCCGCAGGAAGAUGCCCCCGGAGCUGCCCGUUGCCCCGCAGGGAGCCGAGGGGAGCCAGGAGGGCGGAGGCUCCCACGAUGAGCAGCCGGCUCCUGCUCCUCACUGUGCUCCCUGUGCUCCUGGGCCCGCCAGUUGCCGCAGUGCAGAAGAGGAGCCAAGCGGUGUGUGAGGACGUGCUGGAGGCCGACAUCGCCUUCCUGGUGGACGGCUCGUCCAGCAUCGGCAGGAACAACUUCCGCGCCAUCCGCACGUUCAUGGAGGAGCUGGUGGUGCCCUUCAUGCCGGCGGUGGGCGAGAGGGCCGUGCGCAUCGCCGUGGCGCAGUACAGUGACGAGCCACGGGUGGAGUUCUCCUUCUCCCAGCACACCAACGGCACCAGUGUCCGGAGGGCCAUCCAGCAGCUCAGCUACAAGGGCGGCAACACACGCACCGGUGCCGGCUUCCGCUAUGUGGCUGACAACUUCUUUGGUCCCACACAGCUCCGGCCUGGGGUCCCCCAGAUCUGCAUCCUCAUCACGGAUGGCAAGUCCCAGGAUGAUGCUGAGGGGCCCGCAGCGAAGCUGAAGAGCCAGGGCAUCAAGGUCUUUGCCGUUGGAGUCAAGAAUGCUGACCGCAAGGAGCUGAUCCGUGUUGCCUCGAUGCCCACCGAUGCUUUCUUCUUCUAUGUUGGUGACUUCAAGCUGCUAGGGACGCUGGUGCCACUGAUGACACGGAGGGUGUGCACGAGCGUCGGGGGUACCCUGCGCACGCUGGACGGGACAAGCCACACCGGCCCCUCAAACCUGCAGUUCCUGGAGCGGGGCCUUGAUCAGCUGCAGAUCCGAUGGACCGCGGCCAGCGGCCCCGUCACCAGCUACCGGGUGCAGCACGUGCCGCUGACCGGGCUGGGGCAGCCGGUUGUGGCUGAGAGGCAGGAGGUGACCCUGGGGCCACGGGAGACCAGCGCCGUGCUGCGGGGGCUGCGUGAGGGGACCGAGUACCUGGUCACUGUCACUGCCCAGUACGCCAACAGCGUCGGCGAGUCCGUGUCCGGCCGAGCGCGCACCCAGAGUCAGGCUGGCUCCGUGCUGGAUUUCCGCGUGGUGGAGACUGGACCAACGUUCCUGCGGCUGGCCUGGCAGCCUGGCCCUGAGCCCCCACAGGGCUACAGCCUCAGCUAUGGUGUGCGAGGAGCAGCCCAGGGGCAGGAGAAGAGCCUGGGGGCCAGUGCACAAUCGGCCACGCUCAGCAACCUGCGCCCCGACACCGAGUACGUGGUGAUGCUGCGGCCCCGCUACGCGCAGCAGCCCGCCCGCCCCAGCACCCUCACCGCAAGGACACGGCACCCGGUAGCUGUGCAGCACUUGGCUGUUCACAAUGUGUCAGCGCAGAGCAUGCUGCUGGCCUGGCAGCCUGUCAGCGGGGCCACCGGCUACCGGCUCUCCUGGGCCACCCUCACAGGGCAGGACAGGCACAGGGUGGACCUGGACGCUGGGCGGACGUCGCAUGCGCUGGGGGGGCUGCAGCCCAACACUGACUACGUGGUGGCCGUGGCCCCGCUCUUCGGGCAGCUGGAGGGACCAGCAGCCACCAUGCGGCAGAGGACGGAGCCGGGUGCAGAGCAGAUGCUGCGGACCAACAUCCUGGGCCCCACGUCCAUCCAGGUGCUCUGGACCAGUGCUCGUGAUGCCCGUGGCUACCGUCUGGAGUGGAAGAGAGCCACAGGACCGGAGCCCCCCAGGACGGUGUCGCUCCCCAGCAAUACCAACACCUACCAGCUGACGGGGCUGCAGCCGGGUACUGAGUACCGCAUCACCCUCUACACGCUCUACGAUGGCAGGGAGGUGGCCACCCCUGUCACCACGUUCCAGACAGACGUGGAGGCGCCCGUGGGAGCUGUGUCGGACCUGCGGGUGCUCGAGGAGUCGAGCCGGUGGCUGCGGCUGGGCUGGACGGGCGUCCCUGGCGCCACCGAGUACAAAGUGGUGGUGCGCAACAGCCAGGAUGGCACGGAGAGGACGAGGCGCGUCCCCGGCAGCCAGACGGGGCUUGAGCUGGGUGACCUCCGCGAGGGCAUCGCUUACCUGGUGCGCGUCUCGGCGCUCGCAGGCAGCAGGGAGGGCAGCGCGGCCACGCUCACCGUCCGCCGCAAGCUCCCGGCGGUGGGCAGCGUGUCGGAGCUGCGGGUGAUGGAGGCGAGUCCCGGGCAGCUCCGGGUGACCUGGCGGGGGCUGCCGGGCGCCGGGGGCUACCUGCUGAGCUGGCGGGGCAGCGACGGUGUGGAGCAGUCCCGCUUCCUCCCCGCCGACCCCACCGCCUUCACCAUCGAGGGGCUGCGCCCCGGCGUCAUCUACACCGUUGGUGUCUCUGCCGUUGUGGAUGGGCGUGAGGGCAGCCCCGUCACCGCCACGGCGCGGACCGCACCCGAGCAGGUGGGGACGGUGUCGCGGCUAGAGGUGCAGGCAUCCAGGAGCAACGUCGCCCGUGUCACCUGGGUCGGUGUGCCAGGAGCCACGGCUUACCGUGUGGUGUGGAGCCGCAGGGAUGGGGGCUCGGAGAGCAGCCGCCACGUUCCCGGCCACAUCAGCUCCUUCGACAUCCCCGACCUGGAGGGAGGCGUCUCCUACACCGUGAAGGUGACAGCGCUCAUCGGCAACCGCGAGGGCAACCCUGUCUCCAUUGUCGUCACCACCCCGGAGGCAGCGCCAGUGACCCCCGUCAGCAGCUUCCAGGUGACAGAGGCCUCAGAGCACCGGCUGCACCUGGCCUGGGUGCCGGCCACUGGCAGCACUGGGUACCGCCUGGUCUGGCGCCUGGCUGAAGGGGGGCCCCAGCGCAGCCAGCAGCUCCCAGCCACCGCCACCACCUACGACCUCACGGGGCUGGAGCCAGGACGGCGCUACCACAUCAGCAUCACCAGCAUGGCUGGUGGCCGGGAGAGCGAGCCAGCCACCAUCACUGGCGUUACUGCUGCCCUGGGCCGUGUCACCAGCCUGCAGGUGACAGAGGUACGGAGGGACUCGGUGACACUCACCUGGAGCCCGGUCCCUGGUGCUUCUGGCUACAUCCUCUCCUGGACCCCCCCCACGGCGGGCAGGGAGUCGGGGCGCACGCUGCCCGGCACUGCCAGCUCCCAGCAGGUCUCGGGGCUGCGCCUGGGCCAGCGCUACACCUUCACCCUACGCCCGCUGCUGGGCAGCACGCCCGGUGCUGAGACGUCUGUCAGUGAGCGCACAGUGUGCAGGGAUGCCCGCGGUGACAUCGUGUUCCUGGUGCACGGCACCCGCGACAGCUCCUCUGGCGCUGAUGCCAUCCGUACGCUCCUCUCCAACACUGUGUCUGCCCUGGGGCGCCUGGGCCCGGACGGCACCCAGGUGGCUCUGGCCACGUACAGCUACCGCAGCCUGCCCUGGCUGCUGCUGAACCGCUCCAGUGACCUGUCCGUCGUGCUGGAGCAGAUCCGCACCAUGCGCUACGAGGAGCCCAGCGGCAAUGCCAUCGGGGCAGCCAUCACCUUCGCCAGGACCUACCUGCUGAGCCCUGGUGCGGGGCGCCGGCCCAGCGUGCCGGCCGUGCUGGUGGUCCUGGCUGACGGCCCCUCCGGGGACGAUGCCAUUGCUGCGGCCAGGGAUGUCAAGGCUGGGGGGGUCCGGGUGCUGGCAGUGGGACUGGAGGGAGCAGACCGGGAGCAGCUCCGGCGUAUGGUGACCGGGGAGGAUCCGCGGUACAUCUACCAUGGCGGCGUUGCCCCGGCUGAGCUGGAGGGGGAGCUCACCGAUGACCUCUGCACCAUCAUCUCGACCAGGCCGGAGCCGGAGCCGAAGCCAAGGCCCUGCACCGUGCAGUGCCCCAAGGGCGAGAAGGGAGACCGUGGCGAGGCAGGACCACAAGGACACACGGGGCCACCGGGCCCCCCUGGACAGCCGGGCCGCCACGGGCUGCCAGGACCUCCAGGACCCCCGGGGCCGCAAGGUCUGCCUGGACAAAGUGUGGAGCAGCCGGGCAAGAAGGGGGACAGGGGAUACCCUGGAGCUGAUGGGACACCAGGAAGCCCCGGCCGCCCCGGGAGCCCUGGAUCACCCGGCCAGCCGGUGAGUGCGGGUGUCCCUUGUGUCCCCUGCUGCCUCGGGACACGAGGGCCGAUGGGGCUCCCUGGCCUGAAGGGGGAGAAGGGAGAGCCGGGGGAGCCCCAGGUGAUCACGGACGGAAGGCAGGGGCUGCCAGGCCAGAAAGGGGAGCCGGGCAGGCCGGGCAGCCCUGGCCCCCCCGGCAGCCCUGGCACACGGGGGCCCUUUGGCGACCCAGGGCCCCCAGGUCCGCUGGGACCCCCAGGGUCACCAGGACCACCAGGAGAGUUUGUGAAGGGGGAGAAAGGUGACCGAGGGGAAAGGGGCCCUCCUGGGCUUGUGGAUGGGGCAGCACCUCGCGGGGAGCCCGGAUCCCCGGGGCUGCCUGGGGACCCUGGGCCCCGGGGACCUGCUGGGCCCCCUGGCCUGAAGGGAGAGAAGGGCGAUGGCAGCGAAGGUUUCCCUGGGCCGCCUGGACGCCCCGGGGACCCUGGAGACCGGGUGAGUUUCCUGAGAGAGGGUACGGGGCAGGAACUGUCCUCAGGGGGCUCCUGCUCCUGUGGUCCCCGGGGACCGCCAGGGGAGCAGGGCAGGAAGGGGGACCGUGGGGCACCAGGAGAGCUGGGAGAGACAGGCGAGAAGGGGGACCGUGGAGCGCCGGGCGCUGAGGGCGAGAAGGGCGAGGCGGGAGCCCCAGGUCGCCCAGGGCCGGCGGGCAGGGAGGGUGAGCCAGGACCGCCCGGGAAGCCGGCUCCCAGCGUGGCUGGUGUCGGAGGGGAGAAGGGCGAUAGAGGCUUCCCAGGACCGGAAGGACCUCCCGGCCCCAAGGGCGAUGCGGGAGAGAAAGGCACCCGUGGUGCCCCUGGGCUGAGCAUCCCCGGGCCGGCCGGCCCCAAGGGCGAGCAGGGCGAUCGGGGCAUUGUUGGCCUCACGGGCAGGAGUGGCCCAAAGGGUGACCCAGGGGAGCCAGGGGAGAAGGGGGAGCCGGGCCGAGCCGGCACCCCGGGGCCGACUGGGCAGCGUGGCAAGGAGGGAGAGCGUGGAGAGAAGGGUGAUGAAGGCACCCCGGGUGAAGCAGGGCUGCCCGGCAAACCCGGAGACAGGGGCCCGCGGGGCCUGCCCGGCUACCGCGGCCCCCCCGGGGAGAAGGGAGACUCAGGGGACCCGGGUCCUGAAGGCAGGAACGGCAGCCCCGGAGCACCAGGGAGCAAGGGUGACCGUGGGGAGCCGGGGCUUCCCGGACCCCCAGGACGAUCCGUCGAUGUGGGGCUCGGAGGAGUGAUGGAGAAGGGUGAGAAGGGGGACGCCGGCGACCCUGGUGAGGACGGGGCGAAGGGCGCCCGUGGCGACGCUGGCUCCCCGGGGCUGCCGGGAGAGAGGGGCGUGGAGGGCCCCCGCGGCCCCCCCGGUGCUCGGGGUGACCCCGGGGACCGAGGCCUGCCAGGAGAGAAGGGGGACCGUGGCCUGCCGGGGCUGGAUGGCCGCAAUGGGCUGGAGGGCAAACCAGGACCCCCGGGUCCUGCUGGUCUGCGGGGAGACCCUGGGAAGCAGGGGGACCCCGGCCGGGAUGGGCUGCCUGGGCUGCGUGGGGAACAGGGACUGCCUGGACCUGUGGGACCCCUGGGACCACCGGGCGUCCCUGGCAAACCCGGCGAGGACGGCAAACCUGGCCUCAGUGGCAAGAACGGAGAAGAUGGGACACCAGGAGAGGAUGGGAGAAAGGGAGACAAAGGUGACGCAGGACCCCCUGGCAGAGAGGGCCGCAGCGGUGCCAAGGGCGAGCAGGGGGACAGGGGAGUCCCAGGGCCCCUCGGCCCCCCCGGCCUCCCUGGCGUCCCGGGGCAGGUCGGGCCCCCAGGACAGGGCUCACCGGGGCUCCGAGGGGCGGCCGGACCCAAGGGGGACCCGGGGGAGCCCGGGCUGCGAGGGGAGCCUGGGCGACCUGGCAGCCCUGGAGCACGUGGAGACCCCGGCACUGCAGUGAACGUGGAACGCAGCCUGGAAGCGCUCGGCAUCAAGGUCUCAUCCCUGAAGGAGCUCACGGGUGCCUAUGAUGGGAGCUCGGACUCAUUCCUGCCAGUGUCGGAGCGGCUGCGGGGCCAGAAGGGCAGCCGGGGAGAGCCGGGUGAAAGAGGGCCCCCGGGUCGGGAGGGCUCCCUGGGCUUCCCCGGCGAGCGAGGACCCAAAGGUGACAAAGGGGACGCGGGUGCCCCCGGCCCGCAGGGCCCCACGGGCCGCGCUGUGGGUGAGCGGGGCCCCGAGGGGCCGGCGGGGCAGCCGGGGGAGCCGGGCAAGCCGGGCAUCCCUGGGGUGCCGGGCCGGGCCGGGGAGCUGGGGGAGGCCGGGCGGCCCGGAGAGAAGGGUGACCGGGGCGAGAAGGGCGAGCGAGGCGAGCAGGGCAGGGAUGGCUUGCCUGGCCCCCAGGGCCCCCCCGGGCCAAAGGCAGAGGUGGCCGAGGGCAGCCUCAUGGGCUUCCCGGGUGAGCGCGGCCCCAUUGGACCCAAGGGAGUGAAGGGCGAGCCAGGAGCCGAGGGCGAGCGGGGACCCAAAGGAGAUAAGGGCGAGGGUGGCCCAAGGGGAGAGCGAGGGGAGCCUGGCGAGAAGGGCAGGGAUGGUGCCCCGGGUCUCCCGGGUGAGAGAGGGCUGUCUGGUCCAGAGGGGAAACCGGGUUUGCCAGGCUUCCCUGGCGUGCUGGGACGCCCGGGCAGCCCAGGAGACCCAGGACCCCCAGGACCUCCGGGUAGCGCCGGCCCACCGGGAGCCCCAGGCCCAGCUGGCACCAAGGGUGAUCCGGGGGAGCCUGGCUCUGGCAUCCGGGGCCUGCCUGGUCCCCAGGGCAACAUCGGGCUGCCUGGCCCCCCUGGCCCCCCUGGCCCUGGGGGCCCACCGGGUGUCCCUGGGCUGACGGGACAAGUGGGGGAGAGUGGGAAGCCAGGAGUGCCAGGCCGGGAUGGUGUGCCAGGGAAGGAUGGCGAGGCCGGGAUGCCCGGGAAGAUGGGGGUGCCAGGACCUUCGGGUCCCGCUGGUCCCAAGGGAGAGCCAGGGGAUGCUGGAGCGCCAGGGCAGGCCAUCGCCGGCCCUCCUGGUGCCAAAGGGGAGAAGGGCGAGCCGGCGCUGCUGGAGGGUGUGCUGCUGGGAGAGCCCCAGGGCUCCAAGGGUGACCGAGGCUUGCCAGGCCCCAAGGGCGAGAAGGGGGAGCCAGGAAGAUUCGGGGAGCCGGGUGAUCCUGGGGAAGAUGGAGCCAAAGGGUCCUCUGGAGCCAAAGGGGAGAAGGGAUCACCAGGGGUCGGCGCACAGGGACCGCGGGGACAGGAUGGGCCGCCGGGGUUGAAGGGUGACAUCGGCUUGCCAGGACUGCCAGGACCCCCAGGCUUAGCUGGCAUCGCUGGGACACCAGGACAGCCGGGGCUCAGAGGGGACAGUGGGCAGCCUGGCCCACCAGGGCCCCCAGGAGAGAGGGGUCUUAUCGGCUUUCCCGGGAGAGACGGCACCCCCGGAGCACCGGGACCUGCAGGGCCCCCGGGGCCGGCCGGCAUCCAGGGGGCUGCUGGCCUGAAAGGUGACAAGGGUGCGCCGGGGGCCGGGCUGCCUGGGGCCAGAGGAGAGCGUGGAGACCCAGGGCCACGGGGUGAAGACGGGCGCCCGGGGCCAGAAGGGGACCGAGGGCCGGUGGGCUUGCCAGGGAACCGGGGGGAGCGUGGGGACAAGGGAGACGCUGGGGCCCCGGGGCCCAAAGGAGACAAGGGCGAUACUGUGGUGGUGGAGGGGCCCGCCGGGGCACGGGGCAGCAAGGGGGAGCCGGGAGACCGUGGCCUGAAGGGCACAGAAGGGGACAAGGGGGACAAAGGGGAGCAAGGAAUGCCUGGAGAGAAGGGGACAAGAGGGGAGCAAGGCGAGAAGGGCUCCACUGGCUUCCCAGGGGCCCGUGGCCCCGGUGGGCAGAAGGGAGAGGUGGGAGCACCAGGGGAGCCCGGUGAGCCGGGUCAGCCCGGCCGUGAUGGGAUCCCUGGAACACGUGGGGACAAGGGGGACACGGGACCCCUGGGCAUGCGCGGCCCAAAGGGUGACCGGGGCAUGAAGGGCGCUUGUGGCCUCGAUGGGGACAAGGGCGAGAAGGGCGAGCCGGGGCUGCCGGGGCGCUCGGGGCUGCCUGGGAGGAGAGGCGAGCCGGGAGAGCUGGGGCUGUCCGGACCGCCCGGCAUCCCCGGCAAGGAGGGACUCAUGGGGCCCAAGGGUGACCGGGGAUUUGACGGGCAGCAGGGAGCCAAAGGAGACCAGGGGGAGAAGGGAGAGCGGGGUGCUCCGGGUGUCAUCGGUGGCCCUGGUCCCCGGGGCAGUGAUGGUGCUCCAGGCCCCCCUGGACCCCCCGGGAGCGUUGGCCCACGAGGUCCUGAGGGCAUGCAAGGCCAGAAGGGGGAGCGAGGUCCCCCCGGGCAGUCGGUGCCGGGGACCCGCGGCGUGCCCGGCAUCCCCGGCGAGAGGGGGCAGCAGGGCAGUCCCGGCACCCAGGGACAGCGUGGGGAGAAGGGGGAGCCGGGAAUGACGGAGGAGGAGAUCCGUGCCUUCGUGCGGCAGGAGAUGAGCCAGCACUGCGCCUGUGGUGGCCGCUUUCCGCAGCGCCUGGACUCCCGUGAGCUCUCAGCCAGGGCCAGCACCAGCGCGGGACCAUGUACAGGGAGAAGGGAUGGAGGCUGGGGAGCUCAGGCCAGGAGCAGCUUCCGCUCUGCCCAGGGAGGAGGAAGGAGCAUCCGCCAGGACAGGGACCGCGGCCAAGCAGGGCUCUUUCCCACCCAGCCCGUCCCUGCAGUCCCUGUGCUCAAGUUGUCACACACUGAGGAAGAGGAGGGGCAGCACAGAGGAGUCACACUUGAUGCUGAUGACCUCGAGUAUGACAGCGAGUACGGAGAGGAGGAGGAGGAGGAGUACGAUGAGGUCCCGGAGAUGGACGGCUCAGAGCAGGCUGUGAUGGGUGCGGAGCCCUGCAGCCUGCCGCUGGACGAGGGGGGCUGCCGGCGCUACACGCUGCGCUGGUACCACAGCCAGCGGGGCGCCGAGUGCCGGCCCUUCGUCUACAGCGGCUGCGGGGGGAACAGCAACCGCUUCGACAGCCGGGAGGAGUGCGAGCUGCGCUGCGGGCAGCGCCCCGGGGCAGGUGCCCGUGGUGAUGCUGGCGGUGAGGCAGGAGCACAGCCACAGGCAUAACACGGGCAUCAUCCCACGGGCAGCAUUCUGCAGGGAGUAUCCUGCAGGUUGGGCUGUCCCAUGGCACAUCCGGUUGCCCCUGCCCAGGGCUGGGCUGCUGCAGAGCCGGGACCCCCGGCAGAAACCUGGUGCUAUUUCUAAUCUGUCUUUUUGCUGCUCAUGGGGUUUUUCUUUCAUAUCGGUUUUAUUGCCUGUUAAGGUGAAAUUUGUAUCAACCCUUAUUCACCCCUUUCCCACCUGGAGGUUUCCUGGGCUGUUCCCAGUGUGUUUUUUAAGUUAUUUGCUGCCAAUGGGAUGGUGCUUGCCCCUGCUCCCUCUCUGGUGGCCCUGGAGCGGCACUCGGGCUGGGCACAGUUGGGGUCCCCUCAUCUAACACCCUCAUCCCUUUUCCUGUCUCCCCAGACCCCAAAUGUCCCCCACUCUCUGCCCACAUCCCUGGGAGAGGCGCUGCCUCCCCCCAUCCCUCCUCCCCUCCCCGCAACCACCUCCAUCUGAAUAAAUUUCACCUUAACCUCAA